AUGUCUUUACCUGAUGGUGAAUAUGAUCUAGAUGUGUCAAUCCUCAAUAAAAUCAAGUUUGAGGCGAAUGCCCCGGUGACAAGUGAAGUAGGGCAACUGCCGAGAACAAAGCCUAUCAAAAUUUAUCUGGAGAGCCAGAACCUUUCAGCUGUGGGAGCGUCUUCACACCUCAACAAACGACCGAUAUCAAAUGGUUCGUCACAGGAAGACAAAUCAAACAGCCAAAUGGAAUUCUCUUUGAUACUCCUUGACAGGAAGAAAAAGAUAUUGAAACUCGAUCGGCUAAGCAAGUCCACCAGAGCCAGCGAGGCUAGAAAUGGACCCAUCCAUGUGACUGAUACAACAAAAAGUGAAGUGAAUAACAAGCAAGAAAGUCCAAAACGCAAACUCGAACUGGCUAAGCUGUCCUCACCCAACAAAAGAAUCCCCGAGACGACAGUGAAAAAAGGUGUUCCUGGAAGUGCUAUGAAGUGGAACCCCAGGACUGACCCCCUUCGGAAAAGUAGAGUUGCAUCACCACGACCAUUACUUGCAUCGAGACAACAACAAAAGACAAAGUUGAAGGGAAGCGAGGUUGACGGCUCUGAUCGGAGCGGUAAUUCUUCACCUCAAAAAGUGCCGCCUACGAAACAUGAAAAGGAACAGAUCAAACUCUUUGACUCUGGUGAUGAAUUCUCGCCUACAAAGGCACCGGUUUCGGAUCAUGUAGAAGGUCAGAGUGUUGUACCAAAACCACUAACUGAUAAUGCCACCAAAUCCCAGGUAGACGAUUUGGAUGACGACUUUAAGGAUUUAGAAGACCAAUUACAGGAAUUGCUUGGGGAGGGGAUAAAAGAAGAGAGCGGAAGAAACUCACAGAAUGGAAAGGCCACAAACCAGGCCGUCAAUCUUCAAAACAAAAGUAGAGACGACAAGAGCUCAGGUUCCGAUGUUGCCGAUGUUGCCGAUGAUGAUGAUGAAGAAGACGAUGGCAAUGACGACGACUAUGGAAAGGCAAGGUUUCAAAACAUUCAAUUUGAAAACAGCUCUGUUCCCAAAAAAACACAACACUUUGCACUUACAUCCAACAAUGGAAGACCAAUGAGCCUCAGAGAUUUUCUAGGCGGUGGGAGGGUAGUCAAAGAUGUUGUUAGUAGCAGUGAAGAGGAUUGA